GAACCAGCUGAGCCGGGGCUGUAGGGUCUUGGGGGCAGCAUCACUUUCGAAAGUUUGUCUCGGUUAUUUCCUGGAGUCGCCAAACUAUCAAUUGGCCUGGUUUGUUUACAUUUUCAUUCUCUUUUUUUUUUGGUCCAGGCGUGUAUGCGUUUUAUCGGUCGUUUACGACACAACGCGCUCCAGCUCCUUUGGCUGGUGUUUAGAGACUCGGUCCAGUAAAUAGAAUGUUACCGAGCCAGGUUGGAUCGGCACCAUCUGGAAACGGGUCAGCUUCAGGCAGGGGUACCACAGGACACGGUUCGGGGGUUGUCGGCAGCGGGAUUCGUCCCGUUUUGGUCAGAGGGCAAGCUUUACCGGGGGUCAGCGAGAGCGCCGGUGCUGCCGGGCGACAGGGGGAAAGAGACGCCAUCGGGAUGCUGGGGGCUAAUGGUCCAGGGGGUCCGAGAGGUGCGAGGCCGGGGAACGGGACAGGAGUGACCCCUCUGCAGACCGCCGUCCAGGGAAACAUGGUGGGGUUAAACACGGGAGUAGUGUUGCCUCACGCAGCCCGGUUCGACCCGGACAGAGAGAGUGCUCCGCUGUGCAGUGGCUCGGAUAAUGACUCGGACUCCGGAGAUGACGAGGACCCCGUGGGUUCACUCGGGGACAACAGGAGAGGGGUGAAGCGGGAGAGAGGGGAGAUGGAAGCUGCGGUGACGGGGCAGGAGGUAGGAGUACCUCCCGGAGGUUACGGCAUGGUGCCCGGAGGGGUCGCCGGGGCAAAGCCGGGGAAGAAGACACGUGGGCGCGUAAAGAUAAAGAUGGAAUUUAUUGACAACAAGUUGAGACGGUACACGACUUUCAGCAAGAGGAAGACGGGUAUAAUGAAAAAGGCCUAUGAACUCUCCACCCUGACGGGAACCCAGGUUCUGUUGCUUGUGGCCAGUGAAACAGGUCACGUUUACACUUUUGCAACUCGCAAGCUCCAGCCAAUGAUCACCAGUGAAACGGGCAAAGCCCUGAUCCAAACAUGCCUCAACUCGCCAGACUCGCCACCACGCUCUGAUCCCUCCACGGACCAGCGCAUGAGUGCCACUGGCUUCGAGGAGACGGACCUCACCUACCAGGUGUCGGAGUCGGAGAGCAUGGGCGACACAAAGGAUACGCUGAAGCCGACAUUCACGGUAGCCAACCUACCAGGUACUACCAGCAGCGCCCAGUCCACAGUACCCACCACCUCCACCACCAUGCAGGUGAGCAGCGGACCUUCGUUUCCCAUCACCAACUACCUGGCGCCUGUCUCUGCUAGCAGCAAUGUCAGUGCCAACGGUACCGUCCUCAAGACCACCGGCGCCUCCACAGGGGUCAUGCAGCUGCCCAGUGGCUUCACUUUCAUGCCCGCAGGCACUCCUCUCCCCCCUGGCACCCCCACCAUUCCUCUGAGCCAGUUGCAGCAGCACUCCCUGGCCCUCCAGGGGCAGCAUGGUCAGGCCCUGGCCACCGCCCAGCAGCCACAGCAGGGACAGCAGGCUGUCUUCCGCUUCCCUGCUGCUGUCUCCCUCACAGGAGCGGGGGUUCCCCAGCAGCUUCAGGCUAUCCAGGUCCACCCCAACACCCAGUCCACCUCCAACAACGACAGCAGCCCCGAGAUCUCCCACACCUCCACAAACUCCACCGCAACGGUGAGUCUCCCAGCAACCAUCGUCACCUCGUCAGUGCCAACGUCUGUGGCGGGUCACAUGAUGUACCCCAGCCCCCACACGGUAAUGUACGCCUCCACACCGGCACUGGCUGACGGGGGGCUGGCUGUGCUCAACGCCUUCUCCCAGGGCACCUCAGCCAUGCAGGUGUCCCACGCCCAGGCCCAAGACACAGGUGCUGUCCCUCAGGUGUUCCUCACAGCACCUCCAGGCACGGUGCAGAUCCCCGUCUCAGCGGUGCAGCUACACCCAGUACGGCAAGAUCUGCAUUUUACAAAUGGUGAUUGGCCAGCAGUCGAGCGGCAGCAGCAGUAACAUGACGGAGCUCCAGGUGGUGAACCUGGACGCAGCACAGAACUCGAAGAGUGACUGACAGACGGCUAGUGCUGUUCCACACAGCAGACCCAGGGACACAGACAGACAGACAGACAGACUGACUGACUGACAUCUCUAUUUAUUGAUGCCUUCCUACAGCGUUUCACAUCACACUUCUGAAUGUGACUUUAACGUACAUAUACACACACACACAAUCAAGGGCAUAUGUGUGGCUGACCCUUAUACAGUAUACAGUAUGUUUUGGUAUAUAAAUAUAUAUAUAUAUUCGCAAAAGCAUAGGAAAUAUAUCACUACAUCCAUCAUCGGAACGUAUUUUCUAUGCCGUUAGAUGGUGUCUUUUUCUUUUGUGUGUGUGUGCGUGUGUUUUUUGAAAAUGAGUAAUUACAUGUACACACACUGCAAGGUGCCACAGCUUCACACCAGCCAAAGAGACAUUUGUUUGUCUGAAUGUUCCAGUGUGAGCAAUUUGUGCACAAGCAUGUGUGUCUGUGUGCGCGUGCAUAUCUGGGGUUUGUAAAUGGGCGGGGAGACGCUUAUUGACUUAACAAGAAAAAAAAAAAAAAAAAAGAAAAGAGACAUUUGGAAAUGUAAAUAAUUUUUUUUAAAUUGAUAACUUGUAUUUUUAGCCUGGUUUAGUUUGUGCAACGGCAUGUAGUUGUUUUUUACGUAGUGGUUUUGUAUGUCCAUGAAAAUUAUUUGCAUAAAGAAAAUGAAUUAUUUACAUGUAUAUGUAAAUUAAUUUAAUAUACCAUCAAAUGUUGAAAUGCUGUCGUGCUGUUGGGAGUUUUCACUACAACAUGGAGAAAGAACGCUGGAUGUUUUUCUACAUUUUUUUUGAUUGUGACAUUUGUAGGACGGUCCCUCAAACCCUAUCAAAUACCUGGGUCACAAAAUGUCAAACUUAUAUUUAUGAUUUGCAGAAUUCUUUCGCUGGGAGGAUUUCAGCGCAACAGCUGAUGUUCUGCAUGAAGACCUGGUCUGGCACUUAAAGUGUAGAAACUGUUCAAACUAUGACAAUCUGAUAGAAAACACUUUCAUUUAUCUCAUCUUUUAGCAGUGUGCUGUCUAUAUUUUCAUCAGUGUUCACACAGAAAUGUGAGAACACAAUUUUGACAUUUUAACAACGUAACUGUCACACACAGUUAAUAUCCUCAUGUGAGUUCAGACUGAAUUUGUUCACUUGUUUUUAAGCGUGUGACUUGCUUCUCUGGGUGAACACCUUCAGAGUGCCAAACAGGUUUUCAUGCCAUCAGAUAAAUAACGAACGUUACGUUGUCUAAUUGGUUUCUAAAGCGAUUCAUUGGAAACCUGUUGCUCUGAUUUGCCUCCACCAGACUUCAAAACUUUAAUCACGUGAUGCUGUCGCUGACCUGAGACAGGGCUUUGGACACAAAUCUCUUGUUUAACAAGACAGUGUAUAGACUUGGCAAUUCCACUUCAAUACUGCAAUCAAAAGAUUAUUAUUUCCUUGUAUGGAAACACUCGGUGUAAUUCAGUUCAUUCUCAAUGUUGCAAUAUUACAACAGUAAUGACUAUGAAUAUUUUUAUAAGAACAAGGAUCUCCUAAUUUGGAAAAGUGACUUCAUGUGCUUUAAAAUGUUAAAACGAGAACUGUAAGACCCUAGCUGACUGCAAUCUCAGUACGUACCUCAGCAAUCAUUAAGAAUGAGGAAGAGUUAUUAGACUGAGAGCCUUCUUUCUGCACCAUAGUGCCUCUUUUCCAUGGCUGACUCCUAAAUCACUGCAAGGCAAGAGAAAUGUAAGAUUUACUUUAUUUCCAUACCACCUCACAUGACUUUGGACCUGUCAUCCAAUCCUCAGCUGUGCCCGGGGACUGAGAUUUUUGACUCAUUUCUGCAGAGUUAGCUGGAUGACUGAGCAUGGCAGGCACGAAGCCAAAGAGAAUCUGAGAGUGGAUAAAGUACCCAUGCUGACUGCUGUUCAGUUAUUCACUGGCAAGAGAGGUCAUUUUCACGCUCGAUGCUCUCUGCUCUGUUCGUGUACAUGUUGUCAUGUCAUCCCGCGGUGCUGUUUGAAUAUGAAAAUUACACGUUGAAGACAUUCGGUUCUCCCACUUCACCUGGUGGUUAAUUCACAAGUAUCGUUUUUAAAGGGGGAUUAUUGAACAGAAUUUGUGGUUUUCACCUUGUCAUUGAAAGAAAUGGUUAUUUUGUGUAUUUUUUUUUGUUUUUUUUGUUGUUGUACAGACAUUUUGUAAUAAAAACAAGAUGAAACACAAUGAACUGUUCAAAGAAUGACCACAUCUCCUGCUGAAAAAGUUUUUGGGUUUUUUUUUUAAUUUAAUUGGGACGGAGAAUGUUAAACAAAAACCAUAUUGUCCUGAAUGAAACCUAAUACAUGUGUAUAACAGCAGUCAUUGCUUCUGAUUACUCUGUGAGGCAUCAGGAGGCAGGAGGGGUGAGCAUGCGCCUUACCUUAACGUUUCAGUUACGCAUUGAACAAUCACAUAAUCAAACUGGCCAUGAGACAGAAGAAGUGAAAUGAGACUCGGCCCAUUUCACACCAGAGGAAAGCAGCGAUGAACAUGAUGAAAUGCAGCAACGUGAUACAGUGACUGGUCUAAGCCGACACGAGUAAAGAAAUCAGUUGGCAUCAGAUUGUUGACUACACUGAGAGUCCUGUAUAUCUUCACAUACCAAAUAAAGUCUAUGAAACACAAGAGAUAGAAGCAUAAUAAGAUCACGACAAUCUGUAGUGAAGCAGAAACCUCGAUUCUAGGAAUCCUCAGAGAUCCACAGUGUGAAGUAAGGCAUCAUAUCUCCCUGUCAGAGCAAAGUGCUGACAGCUACGAAAUCAUCACAGAUGGCUGGACUGCCUCUUCUCUUUCGUUCAACAAUGGAAAAAAAAAAAUCAUGUAUAAGCAUGCAUUUACAACCAGGUAGUAUAUCUCUAUU